AUGGACAGAUCUUUAUUCUGGACGCAGAAAGCCGCCGGCCAACGUUUUGGAGAUCCAGGAAAUGUGGAUUGUGACCUAGAUUUGAUGCGUUCUCCAAGCGAGUUGCUGUCGGAAGUCAGUCUCUAUGCACAAUCUUUUCUCAAGAUGAUGAGCGAAAUCGAACAGGCCGAAACGGCAGUUGCAACAAGAGAAAAUCGUACUCCUCUUAAUAUCCGGAUGAUAUUUGAGAGGAGCAGUGAGAGAGGACUGAGGCGUCGCCAGUACGACCUGCCGACGCCCAAUGAACGCAGUUAUAAAUGUUGGGGGGAACGAUGA